GCUUGCCAAUUUGGUUCAAGGUUUACGGUACAGCAUGGCAGCCUCCUUGCCACUCGUGAGAUCAGCUAACGUUACGUUAGCUAGAAUGUUCUUCUAGCGCAUUCAUGUAUCUGUGUUUAAAGGGAAGUUAACUUGCUUUAAAAAGACGCAGUGUGUCUAUUUUUCCAACACAGCUUUAUAGGACUCUUGUAAAGCAGUGCACAUCAUGGCAGAAGACAGACCAACUAGGAGAUAUCCCCAGAACCUUCAGGGGGUCCUGCAGCUAGCAGUGGAUGCUGGUUCAGCCGCAGAGGGACCUGCCACUGUUGAACCCAUGUCAGAGGAGAGGAAGACGUGGCUGGGAGAUGCUCUUGCAGAAGUCUGUAAAGGCCCAAUGGAUGAAGUGGAGCAGAUAAAGCACUGCUUGGCCGUCUUACGCAAAGAGGGAAGGAGCGAAAGGGAGAGAGAAGGAGAGGAGGAGAGGGAUGAAGAGGAUGAAGAUGAGCGGGAAUCAGCCUUUGAAUUGCUGUCAGAGUUGUGUGAGAACCUGGACAAUGCUAGAGACCUAAUGACUCUUGGUGGACUGGAAUUGUGCCUCUCCCAGUAUCUGUGUCAUGCCCAAAGUGGACUGAGGUGGCGUGCUGCCCAUCUUAUCGCUACCUGUGCCCAGAACAUGUCGCAGGUGCAGGUCCACUUGUUUAGCAUCGGGGCACUGCCAAAACUGCUGCAGCUGACAGACUCAGACCCCCACCCCACCGUCAGAGUGAAAGCCCUUUAUGCUGUGUCGUGUCUGGUUCGAGAGCAGGAGGCAGGACUCCAGGCAUUCUUGUCCCAUGAUGGCUUCUCAAUGCUGAUGCGAGGCAUGCAGUCAGACAACGAGAAGCUCCAAACUAAGUCUGCAUUCCUUCUGCUCAACCUGCUCAUGUCACAUCCUGAAACGAAAGACACAGUUGUCUCCAUGGGUAUGGUACAGCAGCUGGUAUCUGUUCUUCGCACACCACACUCAGAUUUCCAUGAACAUGUGCUUGGCGCCCUUUGCUGUCUGGUGGAAGACUGUCCACAGGGUCUCAAAGACUGCAGGAAUCCUGCUUUGGGUCUGGAGGAGUUACUCAGACAGCUAUCCAAAGAGCUCCAAGGAAAAGAAGAAAGCCAGGAAGAACUGGACUUCUGUGAGCGUAUGAGGGUUACUUGUUUCCGCGGGCAGCAGUCGGAUGACAAUGGGAUGGAUCGCUGAAGUCUUAUUUACCUCACCUGUUUUGGUAUCAGUGUGCAAAGAUGUUAACAGAACAUUUGUGAUCUGGAUCGUAGAUGUUAAGCAACGUUUUUGUCUGUUAGGACAGAUGCUGUCCAUAUUUUGCAUGCAAUGCAGGAGCUGGAUUGUACUGUGUAAAUAGCUCUAAUGUAUAAAAGUACUUCUCAAGUCAGCUGCUAUUUUUAGUCCAGUGUUUUCAGUUCUUCAAAUCUUAAAUGUAACACCUAACCAAAUACCAAUCUCCCUCACAGGUAGUAUGUAUUUUCUGUUUGAGUUGUUAAUAUUUACAUCCUGAAUGUUAAUUUAGUUACACAUGCAACCAGGUAUUAAUUGUUGUAAGUUAGCAUUGUCUGAAGUCUCUGAGUUAAAGUUUAUUCAUUUCAGUUUAGUCGAUUGUCUCUUAAAAAAUUACUCAGAAUAAUGGACAUCAUUGUUUAUGUUUUACACCAUAUUUAUUUAUUAAUAACACAACAAUAUUGGAGUAUUUGUACAUAUAGUAACCAGCUCACAAGUGAAAAAUGUUGCCAUCACAUGCACAACCUACACAUAAACAUGGAUGUCACGCAAAAUUAAAAUGUUUUGGCACAAAUCAGAGAAUACAGAUAUUAUUCUAAA